AUGCUUCGACAAGCUAAGGUCAACUUUUCAGGUACGGGUAGUUCGUCGAAGGGCCUCCAAGUCAGUAAAAAGACCAAAGUUAUGACUUCAUCGCCUCUCUUUGGCAUGUGCUUCGUUGCCAUCUGCUUCGCACAACAUGUCGUGAGUUACAUGCCGGCUUCACCAGUUGGGUGCUCCGCAAAAGCGAAUUGUCCAGAAGAAUGGCCCUGCUGUUCACAGUACGGCCAUUGUGGGAGAGGACCACUGUGUGUCGGAGGAUGUGACCCCAGAUUCUCAUAUGCCGAUAGUUGCAUCAAAAUUCCCGCACUCAUGCCCACAGCUAUGCGUGGAGCAGCCAUGGAUGUUUUUGAGUCCGAAAACCACUUCGAAAUGCCUGUAAUAAUUAACACCUUUCAAUCGGACUCUGAAGAAUUACAUCAAGGUCUUGAAAACAAGGCACAGAUGUCGUCCGACCUUGAUGACCUGCGACUGGUGCAUUUCUCGAAGUAUCUGGUGACCUCGAACCUCACUCAGGCUCAAGAGGAUGUCAAAAACUAUGACUUCACUUACAGUGGACCAGUCUCCUCAGAACCAGGCCGAGGUCUUGUAUUAGGAAUGCCAGCGGGUUCAUCUGGAAGUUUGGUAUCUUCAGCCAAGUCUUUCUUGUACGGUAAGGUCUCGAUUCGUAUGAGCACAGCAAGAGGUGCUGGCGUGGUAUCGGCCAUAGAUCUGGUAUCUGCAGUACGAGACGAAAUUGAUUUUGAAUUCAUAGGAAACGAUUUAAAGUCCGCUCAAAGCAAUUUCUAUUUCCAAGGAGAGCCCGUGCAUACCCGAAUGCUUAAAGCGCCAGUUUCUCGAGAUACAUUUCGUACUGUGCACACCUAUGAAAUAGAUUGGGAUGAAAAUAGAAUCCAUUGGUUGAUAGACGGGGUUUGCGUCAGAACCCUUCGGAGACGGGACACUUUUGAUCCAGAAUCUGGGAUUUUCAAAUAUCCUCAAACUCCAAUGAGAUUAGAAGUCUCAUUAUGGCCGGCAGGAAUCGCAGCUAACCAUCCUGGAACUAUUUCUUGGGCUGGAGGAAUGAUUGACUGGGAAAAUUCAUUGGAUAUACUCGAGCGAGGUCAAUUUUACUUGAUAGUAAAAGAGAUCCAAAUAACACCGUAUCGGAGUCCUCAGGUCCUAAUUGGUGCCCAAAAGAAACAGACUUUUGCUUCUGAUACUGAUUUGUAUUUCUAUGACAACGAUUGCGAUGAUUUCACAGAGUCGUGUGUCAAGUCCGGUGCUGGGGAAGUUCCAAUUUCCCCGAACCAAAAAUUUGAGUCGACCGAUCAGAGCAUUCGUUCUCGUCAGUCGGUCUUGCGUAUUGAUGCAGAUGCAUUCAGUUCAAUUCAGCAUAACGCCGCCCCAAGUAUAAGUCCAAACAACAUUUUCUUCGAAGUUUUGGCAUGUCUCUUGAAUCACGGUUGGUGA